AUGGGCGUCUGCUGGAAGCAACUCAGUGUCAUUGGCGAGGGCGUGGGCGAGCAGUUCAUAACCACAACCGGCGAUCCCUUCAUUGGUCUGUUCAAUCUCGUGAACCCGUUUUUCUGGGUCCGCAAGUGCACGAACCGAGAAGGGAGCUCCAAGAAGAUCACAAAGACGAUCCUUUACCCCAUGGAUGGCUGCUGUCAAGAGGGCGAGAUGAUCCUGGUCCUGGGCAGGCCUGGUUCGGGCUGUUCAACCCUCCUGCGAGUCCUCGCCAAUGAUCGCAAGAACUACAAGAAGGUCCUGGGCGAGGUGACCUUCAACGGCCUGAGUGCAGAAACUGUCCAUAAGCAUUACAAGGGCGAGGUCCUCUACAACCAAGAAGAUGAUUUCCAUUAUCCAACGCUGACUGUCCGCCAGACUCUGGACACGGCCAUCAAGGCCAAGACCCCGCGAGCGCGUCUGCCAGACAUGUCCAGCCGCAAGGACUUUCGAGAAAAGUUUCUCGAUGUCCUCACCACCAUGUACGGUUUGACUCGCCAGAAGGAAACCCUUGUUGGAAACGCGUUCAUCCGCGGUAUUUCCGGUGGAGAGCGAAAGCGCCUCUCGAUCGCCGAGCAGAUGGCCACCCGUUCGAGCAUCAACAUGUGGGACGGAUCCACGCGUGGUCUCGAUGCAUCCUCCGCUCUCGACUACGUCAAAUCCCUCCGUGUCCAGACCGACUUGCUACGACGUGCCACCUUGGUCUCGAUCUAUCAGGCCUCCGAGAAUAUUUACGAUCUGUUUGACCAGGUCCUAUUGCUCUACGAUGGACACUGCAUCUUCUUUGGGCCCGCAGAGCAAGCGCGCCAGUACUUUAUCAACAUGGGUUUCAGUUGUCCUGCCCGUCAGACUACAGCCGAUUUCCUAACGGCUGUCACAGACCCACAUGAGCGCAGACCUGCAGAGGGCCUCGAUCCAAACAUCGCGUCGAACAUGCCAAGCACACCAGAGCAGUUUGAGGCUCUUUACAGGCAAUCUGAGUUCUAUGAGCAGACGCUCAAGCAACUUGCAGAGUACGAGGCCGAGUUGGAAAACAGGGAGGCAGAUGACACCUUUAUGGAGGCCACACGCCAGACCAAGCAGAAGCAUGUCUCUGUUAAGAAUCCGUACACGAUUACGUACCUGAACCAGAUCUGGGCCAUGACCGUCCGCCAGGUCCAGCUGGUGAAAGGAGACAUUGGCAGUUUAAUCUCCCGUUAUGGUUCUAUGCUUAUCAAGGCAUUUGUGGUCGGUACCUGUUUUCUGUUGCUUCCUACGAACAGUUCAGGCGCGUUCACCAGAGGAGGUGUACUGUUCUUUUCGUUGCUGUUCAAUGCUCUGAUUGCACAGGCCGAGUUGCCGACGGCAUUGCAGGGUCGUCCUAUCUUGUACAAGCUCAAGAACUAUGCUAUGUAUCGCCCUUCGUCCUUUGGUCUCGCCCAAAUCGUUCUCGACAUCCCGAUCAUUGUAGUCCACAACCUGCUCUUCGCCAUCGUUCUCUACUUCCUUUCAGGCCUUCAGCGUACUGCUGGAAAAUUCUUUGUCUUUGUUUUGAUCCUAUCCCUGGCAACGGGAUGUAUGACAGCCUUCUUCCGCAUGUGGGGAUGCGCUUCAAAGACCUUUGAUGAUGCUACAAAGUAUUCUGGUGUCCUUCUGCUGGCCUUGGUUCUCUACUCUGGGUAUCUGAUCCCUUACCAGGCUAUGCAUCCUUGGUUUAUUUGGAUCUUCUGGAUAAACCCGCUGGCCUAUGCGUUUAAAGCGCUGAUGGCAAACGAAAUGUCAGGACUACGGUUCUCUUGCGAGGCUCCAUACCUGAUCCCGUACGGUCCGGGCUACGAUAACCUUGCGAACCAGGUCUGCACUUUGGCUGGAUCCAAGCCAGGCCAGAACUACGUCGAUGGACCCGAUUACAUGUAUGGUGCUUUCCGCUACAAGGCCUCUCAAAUGUGGAUCAACAUUGUGGCUGUGCUGCUCUUCUGGAUUUUAUUCGCCGCUUUGACUGCCUGGGCCAUGGAAGCCAAGGAGUUUGGCAAGGGAGGUUUUAGUACAAACGUCUUCAAGCGACCUAAGAGGUCCAAGGCAGGAGCCCCUGACGGUCCGGCUAACGGCCAUAUAGCUCCUGAUGUGGAGCGUGGUAUGGAUCCAAACUCUUACCAAACACAGCAGCCCGCAGGGGGAUCUGUUUUUUCGUGGGAGAAUUUGGACUAUGUUGUCCCUUACAAGGCCGACCCCUCUGGCAAGAAGCAGCUCCUGAACAAGAUCGCAGGUCUGGUUAGGCCCGGAACAAUGACUGCACUCAUGGGAUCCUCUGGUGCAGGAAAGACGACCCUCUUGGAUGUUCUCGCUCAAAGAAAGAGCAUGGGCACUGUAACAGGUCAGGUCGAGGUCGAUGGGCAGCCUCUGCGUCGUGAUUUCCAGCGCACCACCGGAUACUGCGAGCAGCUCGAUGUACACGUUCCCGAGUGCACUGUUCGUGAAUCACUCCAGUUCUCAGCAUACCUGCGUCAGCCAGCUGAGGUCUCUGAGGCCGCGAAGGAUGCGUAUGUGGAGGAGAUCAUUCACAUUCUCGAGAUGGAGGGCAUUGCGGACGCCAUGAUCGGAACCACAGAGUCAGGUUUCGGUAUCUCGGUUGAGGAGCGCAAGCGUCUGACGAUCGGUGUAGAACUGGUAGCCAAGCCCAGGCUGCUGUUUUUAGACGAACCCACGUCAGGUCUGGAUGCUCAAGCUUCGUACAACAUUAUGCGUUUCAUGCGCAAACUCGCCAAUCAAGGACAAGCCAUUCUCUGCACGAUCCAUCAACCUUCUUCUCAGCUGUUUGAGUUCUUUGACGACCUGCUGUUGUUGGCCAAGGGUGGGCGGACCGUGUUCUUUGGCGAGCUCGGCAAGGAUUCGUCGCAACUGAUCCAGUACUUUGAGAUGAACGGUGCCCCCAAGUGCGCCGCAGACGCGAACCCGGCCGAGUACAUUCUGGAUGUGGUCAAUUCUAGGCACUCGGAUCUGGACUGGCCCGAGAUUUGGAACACGUCUCCCGAAAAGGAGCAGCUGCUCAAGGAUAUCCAGGAGACGCGUGCUUCAAUCUCUGCGACCGGUGUUGAUCACUCGGCCGAGCUCGAAUACGCGACCAACACACGCACACAGUUCAAGUACGUGCUCCGACGUAUGACCAGGACCUUCUGGCGUCUCCCCGGCUACAACCUAGGUCGGUUGGGGAUGCUGACGAUCUUUGCACUCCUGAACGGAUUCACGUUCUUUCGGUUGGGUCACAGCAUUGUGGACAUGCAGUCGCGCGUGUUUGUUAUUUUCCAGAUCUUGGUCAUGGCACCGCUGCUGUGCAACACGGUCGAGCCUCGGUUCCAGACUGAGCGACAGUGGUUUUUCCGAGAGAAGGCGGGAAAGUACUAUGACUGGAUUCCGUUUGCGGCGUCGAUCAUCUUGACGGAAUUGCCGUAUAUAAUCGUUACGUCGACAGUGUUCUUCCUGAUCCUGUACUGGACCGUGGGGUUUGUGACGAAUCCGCUGUCGACGUUCUUUACGUGGCUGAUGGUGAUUAUUUUUACGACCUUUGCGAUUACGUUGGGUCAGUGGAUCGCUGCGUGGACACCUUCGGCCCAGAUCGCGGCGCUGUUGAAUCCGUUUAUUAUCUCGGCACUGAACCUGUUCUGCGGUGUUGUCAUGCCCUAUGCAAGUAUGCCCGGAUUCUGGCGUUCCUGGCUCUACUGGCUUGAUCCGUACCGGUAUUUGGUAGAAGCACUGGUGACGACGCAGCUGUAUAAUGUACGGGUUGUAUGCGACAGUUCCGAGUAUAGAGCCUUCCAACCACCCGCAGGACAGACGUGCGGUGCCUAUGCGGCCGAGUUCCUCCAGCGUGCGUCGGGUUACCUCAGUAACCCGGAUGAGAGUUCAGACUGUCAGUACUGUCAGUAUUCGUACGGGCAGGACUUUUACAGGAACCUGAAUAUGGAUUUUUCACAUCGGUGGAGGAACCUGGGGAUUUCUUGUAUUUAUAUCGUCAGCAAUAUUGUCCUGAUCGUCUUGGGCGUCAGGUUCUUCAAGGGCGCGAAACGUUAG